AAACUCCUUUUAAUGUUACCCAAAAAAAAAAAAAAAAAAAGAAUGAAGCUAUCACCACCACCGCUAACCAACAACGAAUCAACCGCCGCCGCUUCCGCCGUUAAAUCUUGCGGCGGAGGAGGCCGUAGAGAAACUUCCUCGACGACUAGGCAUCCAGUGUACCACGGAGUUCGCAAACGGCGAUGGGGAAAAUGGGUUUCCGAGAUCAGAGAGCCCCGGAAAAAAUCUCGGAUAUGGCUCGGAUCUUUUCCGGUGCCGGAGAUGGCGGCUAAAGCUUACGACGUGGCGGCGCUUUGUCUGAAAGGAAGAAAAGCUCAGCUCAAUUUCCCCGAAGAAAUCGACGAUCUACCUCGACCGUCCACGUGUACGGCCAGAGAUAUCCAAGUCGCAGCGGCCAAAGCGGCCAACGCCGUCAAGAUCAUUAAAACGGGAGAUGAUGACGUGGCAGAUAUAGACAACGGAGAUGAUUUUUGGGAAGGCAUUGAGCUGCCGGAGCUUAUGAUGACCGGAGGUGGGUGGUCACCGGAGCCUUUUGUGGCCGGAGAAGAUCCCACGUGGAUGGUAGACGGAGACUCGUAUCAGUACCAGUUCAUGGCGUGUCUGUGAGUGUAGUUGUCCAUUGUGUCGUAUUCGUUAUACGUGUGCGUUGGAUCGUUACUGUGUUGGCUAGAUCGAUUUAAUGCAUGUAUAUUUUUAAUGCAUUUUUAUUUUAUUUAUUCCUAGUUUAUUGUUUUACGUGAUUAAUAAAUAGAAGAUACCCCCCCCCUUGUUUCUUA